AUGGCGCCGCGGCCGCUGGGUCCUCUGGUGCUGGCGCUGGGCGGUGCCGCGGCCGUGCUAGGCUCGGUGCUCUUCAUCCUCUGGAAGACCUACUUCGGCCGCGGCCGGGAGCGGCGCUGGGACGAGAGCGAGGCCUGGUGGGGCGCGGAGCCUGCCCGCCUCCCCGUGUGGGACGGCUGGCAAGGGGUUGCUUGUAGCAGCCUGACCUCUGUCCUGCAGCCCGAGGACGAGGAGGACGAGGAACCAGCGCUGGAGGAGCUGGAGCAGAGAGAGGUGCUGGUGUUGGGGUUGGACGGCUCCGGGAAAAGCACGUUCCUGCGUGUGCUAUCUGGAAAGCCUCCGCUGGACGGCCACGUCCCCACCUGGGGCUUCAACUCUGUGCGGCUGCCCACCAAGGACUUUGAGGUGGACCUGCUAGAGAUCGGUGGCAGCCAAAACCUGCGCUUCUACUGGAAGGAAUUUGUGAAUGAGGUGGAUGUGCUGGUGUUCAUGGUGGACUCAGCUGACCGGCUACGCCUGCAGCGGGCCCGGCAGGAGCUACACAAGCUGCUGGACAAGGACCCUGAUCUGCCUGUCGUCGUGGUGGCUAAUAAGCAGGUGAGGGCUGCAGAAGCUAACUCAGGCCAACUGGGCCUCCACCCACAGAUGUCUGGGCAGGGCAGGAAGCAUCUGGGGAUUCAGACCCAGGUCGUGGCUUGGCAAGCCUGGCUAAGAUACUGUUCCCAUCUCCUCUGCCUGUUCCCUGGCCUCAUUCCUAGCUCUGUCUUCCUUCCUCUCUGCUUCUCUUAUCAUCUCUCACCCUAG